GAGAAAGUGUCCGAGUGCGAAGCAAACAAGAAAGAAAUGGAAGAAUACCCAGAAGAAUUGAGGAGUCCACCGGUGAGGCUGGUAGCGUUGGUGGGAUGCCCAGAGCAGCAUGGUCUGAUAUCGAGCCACCUCCUCACCCAGCAGCCCCCCAUCAACACCUUGGCCUUGCCCGACUUGUCCAAGCUCUCUCUUCUUCUUCAACAUAACCCGUCCAAGUCCUCAUCUGGUGGCGGCAUUUUAAGAAGGGACUGGCUGGUGAAGCACAGGGCCAAGAUCCCCGCAGUGGUGGUGGCCCUCUUCUCCUGGGAUCAGGUGUCGGGAGAUCCUGCCCAGUGGGGCCAAGUGUGCUCCGAUCUGGAUGAGCUCAAAGCGGCUAUUCGUCCGAGGAACAUCAAAUUGCUGGUGCUUGUGCUGCUGCAAUCGGAAGAAAUUAGUGAAGAUCGUCUGCUUGCCUUACGGAAGCGAGCGGAGGUUGAUUCCAAGUUCCUACUUCUCUUCAAUCCGGAUCCUUCCCAACUCAAUAACUCUCUUCAAAGGUUGGGCGCCGCAUUGUCCGAAUUAGCAACUACCUUUUACAGAGACGAAGGUCGCAGGAUUAAAGCUCGCAUUGAAAAGAAGACCUUUUCCUCUCUCGACCACCAAGUUCGCUAUUGCUUCAAAGUUGCUGUACAUGCAGAGUUCCGACGAGACUGGGUUGAAGCCUUGAGGUUUUAUGAGGAUGCCUUUCAUGCUCUGCGCGAGAUGGUUGCAACCUCAACAAGGUUGCCUCCCAUCCAACGCUUACUUGAGAUCAAAACUGUUGCUGAACACUUGCAUUUCAAGAUUUCCACUUUGUUGUUGCAUGGUGGAAAGCUCAUUGAAGCAGUUACAUGGUUCCGCCAGCACAUUGCCUCCUACAAGAACCUUGUUGGAUCUCCUAAAGUUAUUUUUCUUCACUGGGAGUGGCUGAGCAGACAGUUUUUGGUUUUUGCCGAGUUGCUUGACUCAAGCUGUGCGGCUCUUCAGAGCAUUUCCUCUCUACCAUUGGGAACUGCAGAACAACCUCUAACCGAAUGGGAAUUCCAUCCCGCUUAUUACUAUCAGUCAGCAGCUCAAUACUUGAAGGAGAAGAGAUCUGCUCUGGAGUUUGCAGUGUCAAUAUCAGAAACUUUUAAUGAGAAUGAUGAUGGAAGUGCUGAAUCUGUUGUACCAUCGAUUUAUGUUGGUCAGUUUGCUCGGUUACUCGAGCAAGGCGAUGAUUUAGCUAUGCAGUUCCUUACUGAUGAUGAAUACACACAUUAUGCGUUUGCAGAGGGAAAGAGGUUUCAAGACUCCUUUGAAAUUAUUGCUUUGCUCAAAAAGUCUCAUGAAACAUAUAGUAGUCUUAAAGUUCAGAGGAUGGGUUCUCUUUGUGCAUUUCAGAUUGCUAGAGAAUAUUUUUCUUUGGGUGAUUUCAGCAAUGCAAAACAGCUGUUUGAUGGUGUUGCAAAUCUAUAUAGGCAAGAAGGGUGGGUUACUUUGCUGUGGGAGGUUUUGGGUUACCUGCGAGAGUGCUCAAGAAAACAAGUUGUUGUGAAAGAGUUUAUAGAGUUUUCUCUUGAAAUGGCUGCAUUGCCUGUAUCUACUGCUGGUAGCAUCCAGUCUUCCAAAUGUGGUCCAGGUGGCCCUGCAAGUCUUGAACAGAGAGAAAUGAUACACAGUGAAAUUUUGGCACUUGUCAGUGGGGAAGCUAGAUCGGUAUCCCUUGAAGGAACUGAUGAUCUCAAAGUAAAUGGAGAAAAUACCCUUCAUCUUGAGAUUGAUCUUGUUAGUCCACUCAGAUCAGUUCUUCUUGCCUCAGUGGCUUUCCACGAGCAGAUAAUUAAGUCUGGUGUCUCCUCCUUGAUUACAUUGUCACUUCUGUCACAAUUACCCCUUUCCAUUGAGAUUGAUCAAUUGGAAGUUCAAUUCAAUCAAUCUAACUGUAAUUUUAUAAUCAUGAAUGCCCAAAAAUGUCCAUUACAAGCAGUGUCCAGUGAGCCACAUGACCAUCGAAUGGAGAGUGCUCCUUCUCUGGCACUUGCUACAAACAAAUGGCUGCGGCUAACUUAUGACAUCAAACCUGAACAAAGUGGAAAGCUUGAAUGCAUAUCCGUUAUUGCAAAAAUGGGACCCCACUUCACAAUCUGUUGCAGAGCUGAAAGUCCUGCUUCAAUGGAUGAUUUACCUCUUUGGAAGUUUGAAGACCGUGUGGAAACUUUCCCCACAAAGGAUCCUGCUCUAUCAUUCUCUGGUCAGAAGGCUGCCCAGGUUGAAGAACCUGAUCCACAAGUGGAUGUCACUCUUGGUUCUUCUGGCCCUGCAUUAGUUGGAGAGAGAUUUGUGAUACCAGUUACCAUAGCCUCCAGGGACCAUGCCAUAUAUGCUGGUGAAAUGAAGAUAAAUCUGGUCGAUGUAAGAGGAGGUGGGCUGUUUAGUCCAAGGGAAUCAGAGCCAUUUUCAAUGGACAGUCAUCAUGUUGAGCUUCUUGGCAUUGUUGGACCUGAAGGGGAAGAUGACCCUGAUAAAAUCAAGAAAAUUCAACAGUCCUUUGGAUUGGUUUCUGUUCCAUUUCUAAACAUUGGAGAAUCAUGGUCCUGCAAACUAGAAAUCAUGUGGCACCGACCCAAACCAAUUAUGCUCUUUGUAUCAUUGGGCUAUUCCCCUAAUAACAAUGAGUUGAAUGCACAAAAGGUCAAUGUCCACAAGACCUUGCAAAUUGAAGGAAAGAAUGCUGUUUUAAUUGGCCACCAUUUUAUGCUGCCCUUCCGCAGGGAUUCAUUGUUGCUUUCAAGGAUCAAGCCUGUCCCUGAUUCGGAUCAGUUGGCAUCACUACCCCUGCAUGAAGCAACUGUGCUUAUCGUUAGUGCGAAGAACUGCAGUGAGGUCACAUUGCAGCUGCUAUCCAUGUCUAUUGAAGUUGAUAAUGAUGGCAUUGAGUCAUGUUCCAUUCAACAUGGAGGUGAAGAUCUUCUCGGCUCUGCACUUGUGCCGGGAGAAGAGUUCAAGAAGGUUUUCACCAUCAUUCCUCAGGUGGUCUCUUCAAAGCUUAUGUUGGGGACAGUGUAUCUAAAAUGGAAGAGGCAUUCUGGAAUUGAAGAUAGAAUUGGUUUGACGGUGGCUGAUGCUCAGGUUUUAACUACACACAAACUUCCUGUUGUACAUAUAGAGUUGUCACCAUUAGUUGUGAGUUUGGAUUGUCCUCCUUAUGCCAUCCUUGGAGAUCCCUUCAUGUACUGUAUUAAAAUUCUUAACAAAACAGAGUUGCUUCAAGAGGUUAAGUUUUCAUUGGCAGAUUCACAGAGUUUUGUGUUAUCUGGGUCUCACAAUGACACGGUGUUUGUUCUUCCAAAUUCUGAGCACAUCCUUUGUUACAAAGUAGUGCCUCUCGCCUCAGGUUUGCAACAGUUGCCCAGAAUUUCAUUGGCAUCUGUGAGAUACUCAGCUCGAAUACAGCCCUCUAUUGCUGCAUCUACUGUUUUCAUUUUCCCUUCCAAGCCUCAGGUCAAGAUAGCUGGUACGACAGACAGGAGGCUGGAGUCCAUUGUAGCAGACUAAAAUCUAGUCCUAUUAUUUGUGAUUACUACCAUUAUUGUUAAUAUAGAGGGAUCUCGUGUUUUGAGAUUAAAGCUGACAAUUUGGAAUAUGGAUUAAUUUUUGCCUUUCAAGGUGCUAAAGAAUAAAGAAACAAAAUUUAGAGAUAUGUUUGGUUCCA